AUGCCGCGCCACUACACCCCAAAGGAGGUUCGCGCGCACUGCUUCGAAGAUGACGCCUUUAUUUCCUGCAACGGCAACGUUCUAGACAUCACUCCGCUCAUUCAGCGGUACCAAGGCACCCGCUUCGCCAGCCUGGUGCAGCCACUCAUUCGCGCCGCCGGCACCGACAUCUCUCACUGGUUUGAUAAGACGACGAUGGAUCUGAAGACGUGCAUCGACCCCGAGACGGGGUUUCGCACGUACGCGCAGCCGUUUGGUCGUUUCGCCCACAUACCGACGGUGCUGCCGGACAGCAACAUCGACCUUAGCUACGAGGUGCCGUGGUGGAAGGACGAGCAGUACGUCAUUGGCAACCUCACCCGCAAGACACGCAAGAUACGCGUCAUCAACACGCUCAACGGCGCCGAACACACGCUGGAGGUGUGCGCCGAGGAGACGCUCUUUGAGAUUGUCACGACCCGCUACCUCGCGUACAAUGCGCACGCCCUCAGCUACACCUGGCGCCGCCACGACCCGGUGGGGCGAGACCUCGACAUGAACAAGACACUCGACGAAAACGGCAUCCUCGAGGAGUCCGAGGAGUUCGAGUCGCUAGGGCUGAACGCGGACUUCUACGUCCCUGCGCUGCACCUCUACUACGACGACGACCUAACGGAGGCGUAG